CAUCAACACACGCACUGCGUGAAAACUAUGUGUAGAUUGUAGAGUGAGAGAGUGCAUUAACUCCCUUCAUGAGAAAAACAAGCUGCACGCAGAGUAUACCGUACUACACCGCACUCCCAGUCUCCCACGAAGAGAGGCGUUACGAGAAACAAGAAAAGUAACCAUGCCGUACGGUGCCAUAGAUUCGCUCGUCGAAGGAGUUAGUUACCUAAAGAUAGUUCCCAAAACCACUGGUAAUGCAGAGUACAAUUCCUCAUCUGCACCCGGUACAACUCGCCCCCCUAACCCUCCAAUUACGAAGAAAUUGAAAAACGAAGAAAGCUCGUCUAAAUCCACCUCAAUCCCUACUGAGCAUGCUAUGAGAACCUCAUAUCCACCAUCUGCCUCCAGGCUUAACUCAAAGCACUACUUUGAAAAGCCCAAUAUGAAGCAAAAGGGCGAUCACAAACCACAAGAGGGAGUAAAAUAUCGAUUUCAUUGUGAAAUAGAGGAAGAUAAUGCUCAGAAUCACCUUACGCCGCUUAAAAGCCAUGGAAGAAUCCACCCACCAUCUGCUAAUGCCGAGAAGAAUUGCGAUUCGGAUGAAAUUCUUGAUUCGGUGAAUUUAUCCUCCUUUCCAAAUAAUGGACUAACUGUCGACUUCACAAAUCCCCGGUCACAAUCCAAAUCUGGAACGAACUACUGCUUGAGCCCCCAGGGCAGUUUGUACUCAGCCACGAAUUACACUGAGGCAAAACAGAGCUUCUCAGCGAGUAGCCUGGGAAAAUCCGUAGAGAGUGGUGAAAUUAACAACUCGUUUGAGUUAAUUGAGAGCAGAAAAACCAGUAGCAUUAACCGGGCCAGCACGGGCAGUGACAUUAGUGACGAGAGCAGCUCGGGUAGCUUUAGCAGUGCCCUUUACAAGCCGCACAAGGCGAACGACGUGAGGUGGGAGGCUAUCCAGGCUGUCAGGUCGCGUGAAGGUGGGGCGCUCGAUCUUAAAAAUUUCAGGAUUUUUAAGAGGUUGGGGUGUGGGGAUAUCGGGAGUGUUCAUUUGGCGGAGCUGAUUGGGACUAGGACUUUAUUUGCUAUGAAAGUGAUGGAUAAAGAGGCCCUUGCUAGUCGGAAAAAGGUUCUGCGGGCUCAGACAGAGAGGGAGAUUUUGCAGUCUCUGGAUCAUCCGUUUUUGCCGACAUUGUAUACUCACUUUGAAACGGAGAAGUUUUCCUUUCUCGUGAUGGAGUUUUGCUCAGGGGGUGAUUUGCACGCGCUUAGGCAGAAACAGCCCGGAAAGUUUUUCCCAGAGCAUGCAGCAAGGUUUUACCUUGCUGAAGUCCUCCUGGCCCUCGAGUACCUCCACAUGCUCGGGAUCAUCUACCGAGACCUAAAGCCCGAAAAUGUCCUCGUCCGUGAAGACGGCCACAUCAUGCUCUCUGAUUUCGACCUCUCCUUGAGAUGCUCCGUUAGCCCCACACUCGUCAAGUCCUCAAACUCCAACCCUAACUCCAAAGCCUCUGCGCACUGCAUGCAGCCCACUUGCCUCCAGCCCACAUCCUGCAUGGUCCAGCCCACCUGCUUCGGCCCGCGUAAGCCCAAAAGGUACCAAAAGCCCAGAAAAACCACAGAAAUGCAGCACAGUCAAGUGAGCCCACUCCCCGAACUCAUAGCCGAGCCCACAAACGCGCGGUCCAUGUCGUUUGUGGGUACGCACGAGUAUCUAGCGCCAGAGAUCAUCAAAGGCGAGGGGCAUGGCAGUGCAGUCGACUGGUGGACUUUCGGGAUUUUCUUAUACGAGCUGCUUUUCGGGCGGACCCCAUUCAAAGGCUCGGGCAACCGGGCAACCCUGUUCAAUGUGGUGGGGCAGCCGCUGAGUUUCCCCGAAACACCUACUGUGAGCUUUGCUGCCCGAGACCUUAUUCGGGGACUGCUGGUGAAGGAGCCGCAGCACAGGCUGGCGUAUAGGCGUGGAGCAACCGAGAUCAAGCAGCACCCGUUUUUUCAGAGUGUAAAUUGGGCUCUUAUACGGUGCGCGAGCCCACCGGAGGUCCCGCAGCCUUUUUUGAUGGGCCAGGAUGCGGUUGGGCCUGGGCCCAUGGCAGGUAAGGUGGGGGCUGUCGACGUGAAGCCGUCUGGGAAUUACUAUGAAAUAGAUUUUUUCUAGAGUUGUUCCUUCUUUUUUUGGGGGUAUUUGAUGAGGGGGUUUGGAUUGUGUCUGGCUGAAUUUUUAUGUUCUUAUGUGUUUUGUUGAAGGGCAGUGUAAAUUGUUGCUGUUGAUUGGUAA